AUGAAGCUUAUUUCUAUCCUCACCACCGCUCUCACCGCCAUUGUCGUCCUAGGACACGGCGAUGAUGCACACCAUGAUCAGAUUCCUCUUAACUAUGUCAAGUAUCCGGAACCAAUCUAUCGUGCUGGGGAAGUCACGGCCGACGCGAUAUUUUCCGGGAUCACUACCUUUGCGAGGCUUCCGUGGGUUCAGUGUUUGACGAAGGAGAAGGAUGUUCCCUUUGAUAUCGCUUUCAUCGGCGCGCCAUUCGAUACGGCGACGAGCUACAGACCCGGAGCCCGCUUUGGACCAGCCGGUAUCCGUGCUGGUUCUCGCAGACUUACUUUGUACGGCGGAUACAACGUCCCUCUCGACGUCAACCCUUUCAAGUCGGGCCUCAACAUCGUUGACUGUGGAGAUAUCCCUGUCACGCCGUACGACAACAAGUACGCCAUCCAGCAGAUCCACGACGGGCACAAGACUCUACUCCAUCGCGAAGCCUAUUCGCCUCUGGGAAACGACACCCUCUCUGGAAAGAAGCUCUCGCCCAUCUCACUCGACGGCAAAAACCAUCCCCGUAUCAUCACCCUCGGCGGCGACCACACCAUCGUCUUGCCUAUCUUGAGGUCAAUCUACUCCGCCUACGGACCGAUUUCUGUCAUUCACUUUGAUUCGCACCUUGAUACCUGGAAACCCUCCGUCUUCGGCGGCGCACCUUCCGACCAAGCAGCGCUCAACCACGGCACCUAUUUCUACUGGGCGAGCCAGGAAGGACUGAUCAACAACGGGACAUCAAUUCACGGUGCUAUCAGGACCACCCUCUCCGGUCUGGAAGACUACGACAACGACGACAACGCAGGGUUCAAGCGCGUUGAGGCCAGGGAGAUCGAUACCAUCGGAACCGCCGGUAUCAUCAAGAAAAUUCGCGACACCGUCGGGGAAGGUCCGGUGUAUCUCUCCAUCGAUAUCGACUCUAUCGACCCCGCUUUCGCGCCGGCCACUGGAACCCCAGAGACUGGUGGAUGGUCCACCCGUGAGCUCCGUACGAUCCUCCGCGGCCUUGACGGGCUGCACAUCGUCUCUGCGGACAUUGUCGAGGUCGCGCCGGCGUACGACACGAACGCGGAGUUGACCACAAUGGCCGCCGCCGACGUCCUUUUCGAGGUUCUGAGCGUUAUGGCCAAGACGCCGUUAGGUAAGGUUCAAGACUGA